AUGGCCUCUUUCGAGUCCAGCGACAGCUUUGAGGAUAUCGUUGUAAUGGAUUGCGCAAAAAGUGCUGAUGAGGAUAAGACUGAUGAAGCCAUCCCAAUGGAAAUUGCUCCACACGAAGUCGCUUCUUUGGGAGAUGAUAGCUUCGAAGAUAUGAUAAUUGAGAAACCUGUAGAAGAGCAACAUCAGGUCAGUGAAAAGGAUGUUUGUAAGCCUAGGACUGUAUCUGGAUCCUGUGAACUUGGAGAAAGCUUCUGCAACAUUUCUCCUAUUUCCAGUUUUAAUGAGAUGGUUUCGGUUCCUCCGUAUGAUAGCGCUGACCACCUAAAUGAGAAUACCGAGUCCAACAUACGUCAAAGUGAAACAAUUUCGCAAGAUCAAUGUAUGACUGAAGAAGGCAGCUUUAAUGAGACUGUUUGGAAUCCAGCAAACGGUUAUGGGUUCAAUAUCACUCAAGAAGAGAUUCUCCAGUAUGAUCACCACAUUUCCAGUUUUGACGAGGAUGUGUUACCUAUUCGAAAUAAAACUUCGGUCGCGCAUUUGCUGGAAUCCCAACCCUAUAAUGUAAUCCAAGUGUCCUCGUGUUCUGGUGCUGGAAAUGAGGAAAUCCUAGAUGUAUUUACUCCUAAUGUGUCAGUGAUGGAAUCCGAAGAAGUCACAGAGGAAAUUGAUAUAGAACGUUUGCGUGCUCACCUCACAUCAGUACAUACAAAUAGAACGUUUGAUGAACAAUGUGUUAAUGAUGUUGUCUCGAUAAUUAUAAGGAAUCGCAACACUGCAUGUUUAUUGCUUUGUGAUGGACUUUGUUGCAUCAUGACUGCUACACACGACAUCGAGUAUUCAACACUGCUGCCGUUGUUUCAGUUUGUGUCAAAGGUCAUCCUUUAUUCCCAUUCUUCUGAAACUGAUAAACCACUCUCCUCAGUUUGUGAAGUUAUUGAAUUGGCUAAGCACAGUUCCGGAGAGAAGACACGAUCGCGGUGUUGUUUUCUUCUGCAGUGCAUUUUAUACGCUGAUGCUGAGCUCCGGGAACAGCAGGAGCUAGAAGUUGUAGAUGACGGGAUAACAGUACAAGACCAAGGGCUACCUUUCAAUUUAUUGAAACAAUGGGGUCUAAUACUUGCACAGAGGCGGCGUGAUAAGGCUGUUGCUGUUCGUGCAGCAGCUAUUCGGGCGAUAUCUCAGUUGCCUUUGAGGGAGGAACCUUAUACGGACGAUGACAAUAAGGAGUUUUUUCCAAAUGAUUUAGUAUUCGAUUCCCUGCAUGACUCAGCAGUUGAAGUACGUCAAGCAGCUGUGCAAUCACUAGUACUGCGUACUUUCGAUGAUGUUGGUUCCUGCAUUGCCUUUAUUGAGGAAGAAGAGGAUUCUGAUGUACGAAAAUUGCUUGUUGAGCACUUGAUUAGGUCGACCCAUAUCAGGUCGUUCACCACGGAUGCUCGAAUACGACUUCUUCGUCUUAUGCUAAACGACGAAAAUUCUGUCAUCCGUCUUAUGGUGCCACAGUUGCUGGUUCCAAAGUGGCUUGAAAAUUGUCACGAAGGAAUAGAUAAUCUGGAAGAUCUGCUGCAGUACAUUGAUCCACUAUAUGAUGAGGAUGUAACUAAGAAAGUGGUUACCUUCGCAAUAUCUCAUCAUAUGGAGCUUGUCGUACAAGUGAAAGAUGACGGUGAAGGAUAUUUGAAGUAUCUUUUGACAAUGCCUGCACAAUGUCGUGAUGAACUUGCAAUUCUUCACGCGCAUUCACUUCCGGGAGAGCUGAAGCGUCUUUCUGGAAAAAAUAUCUACUUACGCUUAUUUUUCCACCGUUGUCUUACUGAGCAUUUGUGUUCUUUGUAUGGAAAGCCUGAGCAAUUUGCCAUUCUCGACAAAGUGCAGCACAAACUCCUACCUACUCUGUAUGAUCUUGCUGAAAUGACUGGAAAUUUUGCUCUGGACUCUUUAAAAAACGAUGAAGAACUUGCUUUGAAUGAGUUCAGUAUUCGACAGUUAUGCUAUAUGUUGAGGAUCAUCGAUAAGACAUGCAAUGUUGGAAGGGAAUCGUUGCGUCGAAUGUUAUACCAAAUUGCUGGACAUCCGGAAAUCCGUCCCAGUCCAGCUCUCGUCGAUUUUGCCAUGCGGGAAGUGCUAUUACAACUGGAUCAUCCUAAUGGCUGUUAUGAGGAUACGCUAGCUUGGGCACGGGAUGCGGCUGCACAUUUUCUCCGAGGCGAAGUGACGAAGGAGAGUUCGCAGAAUGAAGAUGGAGGAGAAAUUCUUUCUUCGCUCCUAAGGAUACGCAUAAUUGGUCUUGCAAGUUGCCUUGACGAACACAUCAUGACAGACCAUCUGUCCGUGCUGCGACACGUGCUGGAGAGUGAUGUUUGUGAAGUUAAAGAUUCUGCGCUCUCUGCCUUGGCAGAUAUCGUAUGUGUCUAUGGAUUCAAAGAGAUAGCUAAGCUAAUGUUCGGGACUGAACAUCACCCUAACGGAUCUCAAGAUGAAAGAAAUCCGCCUGCAAAGGAAGAAUAUUCGAACUUGCUAGCGAAGCUUUUUGAAGAAACACUUGACAAAGUAGUAUUUACUUGUCUUCGAAUCUUGUACGCAACGUCGGUGAAUUGGCCCGCAAUGUUGGGACGACUGCUACUGAGAAUAGUCGAAUCGGAGAGUCUAGAGCUUGAGAAAGUAGUGUUUGCUUUCCUGGAUUCCUUUACUAAGCAAAGAAAAAUCGGCAGUGUGCAACUUGUGAUGGCAUAUUUAUGGUGUGUGGCAAAAGUCCAAGAAGAAGAAUCAGCAAAUAAAACGACUCUCAUACGUAACUUAUAUUCAUACGUUCGCGGAUUCCUAAGGAAGAUUUCGGAUUCCCGCCGCAAAAGGUGCCGCUCCAAAACAAGAAAAGAGGAGUGCAGUGAGAAGGAGAGGACGACAGAGAUAUUCCCUUCAAUGUUGUUGUGUCGAGGCAUAUUGAAUUCCAUGCUGUCGGACCUUUGGGGUCCGUCAGCCCGAUCAUUGGCGCAGAUAUUGACUUCAACUUACAUCCAGGACGUCGACACACCGUCUCUGCUCGCACUACAUUCACAUGUGAGCAUUGUACUAGAGGUAAUAGAAAAAGAGGGAUUGGUAAGGCUGGCAAACCCUAUACGACGUUUCACUGGUAGUUUAGAGAAUCUAAUGAGAAGAAGAAAUUGCAAAUUUGAUCAAAAAAUUUUCGAGAAGAAAUUAAAACGAGAGAUUUCCGAAGAUUGGGAUCCGAACUGGUCGGUGAAGUUUUCGCCAAAGACUCCAAAAACGCCAAAACGCGUUAGAUCAAUUAAGCGUGAGCCGAACUCCCAGCUGCAAACCCCAAAUCAGACAGAUUCGCUUACGGUUCCAUCUGAAUCGUCGGUGCAAAUGAUUGCGAGCGUGAAGAAGUCGCUUUCUCAACUUCAGCACGAAAUCGAGCGUCCUGAUUGUGUAAUUGUCAUUGAGAGUGACGAAGGUGAUUCUGAUUCUGUACGCCUACAAGAAUCUCCUAAAAGGCUGCAAUCAACACCUUCAACGAAGAAUACGCUGCCUGUUCAGAAAUCUCGAUCCAUCAACAGGUCUUCAUCGACAAAUACGCCAGGACAGCGGCGAAUCACAGAAAAAACUCCCAAAAGAAGAGUUAAGCAGGCCAAUGUUGUUGUUGUGGAACUUAAUGACUAA